GGUCUCAGCUGCAAACAUAUUAGGACUCUGAUGAAUAUAAGAUGCUCAGUGCAAGGGGAGCAAAGAAUAGGAGUUCUGGGCAGAGGGUGACUCACACCAAUGGGUCCAUUAGCUUUGCCAUUCAUGAGAUACGGAUGACUGAAUCUAGAGGUGGUGUGCAACCUCCCCAUCUGGAGAAGUUCAAGGAGACACACACCUUCAGAAAAAAGGCGGGAAAGGAUCAAGAGCCGGCAUGGAUCAAUGAAAAAACAAAGCAUCAAUAUGAUUCUUAUGUUGUGGAGUGCAUAGAGAGUCAUGGCUUUGAUGCUAGUUCAUGGCCACGCAUGGAUAACGAGGCAUGGGUUAAGGCUGUUGGAGGUUGCUCAUAUAAUUUCAUGCCAGGGAUUGACUCCCAAGUAAAUCCAGAGAUGCUGGCCAAUAUGACACAAGCUCAAAAUAAUAUGAGCCAGACAAUUGCACAGUCUGUUUUAGCAGCUCUAGCCGCUCAUGGCAUCUCCCCUCAAGCAGGUCAUCAUCCAGUUGCCCCAGCACAGCCGUCACAUGGUCAUGGCUCAGGUCUUCGCAUGAAUUCAGCUUUCACCUACUCCACUGAUUCUACACAAACCUCUCCUAUGGUCCUUGAAUAUCAGCAGCAAUAGCAGCUUUCGCCUCAAGAGGAUGCAUACCAUCUUGUUUUUUAUCCAAACUAUCAAGGUCCUUAGUUUUUUUUUUUUUCUCUGCUACGCACAUUAUCUGCACACUUUGCAUGGUUGGCUUUAUUUCUGUUAGUACUUUAAACUACUUGCUUUAGCUUUUCAUUACGAUAUCUUUUCUUAUUUUGCUUGACCUCCAGUGAUCAUACUUCAAAAGGUAUAUAUGAAGUUUUGGACUGCUUUGGAGGUUAAUUAUUAUUAAUUGAAUAUCAUAGGUAUUUAAGACAAUGGUGUGUGAUUGCCAUACUUUGUGGUUGUGGUUGUGGUUAUAGUUAUGGUUGAAAAGGUAUAAUUGUUUUUAGCUAGCUAGAGUUGUAGAAUGUAUGUGUUUUUCAUUGCAAAUGCAGGUAAAAAAAAUUGGUUUUGAUC